AUGCCUGAUAGCAACAACACGGCAUCCACACCGCAACAACCGCAACCCGACUACAUCUACCGUCCAGAGGAUCCCGAAUACUCGGACCAACUUCGCGCCGAUAGCGAGGUCCCCUCGGACCCCAAUCACUUCGCCUCGGGCCUCUCGCAGCGCUACCAUCAUCUCUCGACCAACAUGGACGUCAACGAGGUCAAGACGUUGACCCGGAUGCAGAUCCUUACACCGCUCUCGGUGCUUCUGCAGAUGGGGGUCAUGAUCCUCUGCGGAUCUAAGCUCAUCAAGCCCAACUUGCAGCAGGUAUCUCGACGACAUCCCACGUACUUAUCGGUACAAGACUCGUUCGUGCUCUUUUACUGGGUCAUCCUCUAUGUACUGCUCAUUGGCUUUUCCGUCUUUCUGUUGCUCAGCCGUACUUCUGAAACCAAAAAAGCGCUCACGCAUGGCGUAGGCACUCGUCUGAGUCUGGCCAACUACAUGAUGGUCCUUUGGGCCAUCUUUUGGAUCCUUGAUCGACCGCUCACUUUCAUCCUAGGAACUGCAACUCUGGGUGUUAUUGCCGUCAUCCUUCUCUUCAACGCCCUAGUCCUGGCGGUUCGAUAUCCACCUUCUCAUAAGCAUCCGCUCGAUUGGCUUUUCAUCCAUGUACCCAUCAAGAUGUUCCUCGUCAUCACUAUUCAGUAUGAUUUAUGGCAGCAGCUCUUCAUGGCGCUUGGAUGGGACUUUGGUUCGGGCGGCCAUGAUGGUCUCGUUAGAGGUCUCUGGCCUGCCUUUGGAAUCGUCUCUGGCCUGGGCGUCUUUUCGGCGCUGUGGAUUUUCGGUACUGCCGAUCUCAUCUGGACAGCUGCAGGUAUCUACCUCAACCUCGGUCUUCUAUGGCACAAGCACUUCAGCCUUAUUGGCGGGCGCGACGAUGGCGAGCCUAGACCUGCUCCUCUCACCGCCGCUAUCAUUCUCAGCAUCGCCUUGCAAUCUGUCGCGCUCAUCGCCGGUGUUGCUUGGAAGAGGAUCAAAGCUCGUCAGGAAGGUCGUAUCGCUCUUCCACUUACGCCUGAAGAGGAGGCGGCAGCUUACCGUGCAGAGGCUGAACGCAGUGCGCGUGCAGCCGCUGCUACCUCGUCUGCAACUCUUCCUGCGACCGCACCGAAGAACGCUGUGCAUGACAUUGCUGACGAAGAAGCCGCCGCGGAAUCGAGCGGUGCUACUGUCACUCCGACCAAGGUGACCAGAAAACUAGGCGGAGGUAGCAGCAAUGCCAGCCCAACCAAAAAGAAGUAA